UCACUCAUAAAUUUCGAAUUUCCCCCCACCAGUGGUAAGGAAUUUGAAAUAUUUAUUUGUGAAAGGAGCUAGUUACGUACAACUAGUAGCACCAUCUAAGAGCCAGAAACAUCUGGAGAAGAAGCCAGUACCUACAUCAAGAAUCUGAAUCAACUGAUAGCUAAUCACCGUAAGGCGGAUACAGUAUGGAUCUAGCUACAGUAAUCGAGCAACAACAAGCAGCAAUUGCCGAGUUGAGGAAGGCAAUUGCGAACGUAAAAAAGGCUCCAUUGGAAAGAAGAACGGUGGAGUUCUACAGCAAAAAGCUCAAGGAAAUGGAAGCACUCUGGGCAGAGAUCGAUCGCAAUGAAAACAAAAUUCGUGCAGAUCCUGCGGCAGAGUCACAUCUCCAUAUCACCAAUAACGAAUACCAAGUCAUUGGUGAAGAGUACAGAGCUGCAAUCGACAACAUCGAGGCAGACAUCAAAAGGGGCAAAGAACAAAUGCCUCAGAAACCGCUUCCCGCAACAAGGGAGGGGGUGCAAAAACAAUCAGGCCAGUUUACUGCAACCAGCAGCGUGACUGCAUUAGUGAGACGUCAGAGGGCUCUAAUGCAGUCCAUACAAACGUUAAUAAGGGGCAAUUCAGGCCAAGCUGCUCCCUGUCAGACAGUGGCUGCAAUUGAAAAACUGUGGACACACGUGGAAGAUAUCCACUUCAAAAUGUUCGAGGACUUUGAUGACCCAACGUUGGUGGGGUACGAUGCAUCAGCCUACGUUCUCUUAGAGGAAGAGACGUUAAAGUUCAAAGAAAAAAUAUCGACGCUAACACAGGUCGAUCAUUCGUCGUCUCAGCAGAGAUCAGGCGGAAACUUGGCAAAUCAAGUUAAUCUGCCAAAAAUUACAAUCCCUCAAUUUAAUGGGGAUUAUUCGAAGUGGCAGACGUUUGCUGACAUUUUUGGGAAAAUGAUCAACGAGCAAGCCUUGCCACAAGUGCAAAAAAUGUGGUAUCUCAAGGCCAACGUGACUGGGGAAGCCGAGAAACUCAUAAGGCACCUCGAGUUGACCGAGGCGAAUUACGACAUUGCCUGGAAGACACUCCAAGACAGGUACAAUAACAAGAGAGCUCAAGUGUCAACUAUACUUGAGAGAAUGCUAAACCUGCCCAACAUGUCUGGCGAUAGCAGAUCAGUGAAGGACUUUCAUGAUAGUCUUCAUGAAUCGUUAUUGGCAUUGGAGGGUCUUGGAGUAAGGCCAAAGGAAUGGGAUCCACUCUUAAUCCACAUCCUAACAAAGAGGAUGGACAAGACUACUCAUGUGUUGUAUGAGCAGUCGAUUGUAGAUUCGAAAGAACUCCAAACGAUGGAUCAUUUCAUGAAAUGUUUGAGGAGUCGUUUCGAAUCAUUAGAAGCUGUCAAUGGGAUUCAGAAGAGCAAACCGUCAGCAACGACUGCUUCCACCACGAUCCGUAGAUGUCACAUGUGCAAAGGUGACCACCCCCUAUAUUACUGCAAACAGUUCUUGGCAAUGACAGUGCCCGAAAGACAGAAAUGGGUUGCUAGACACAAGAUGUGUCUAAAUUGCUUCAAGGAUGACCAUCAGGCAAAAACGUGUACAAGUGGGAAGUGCAGGAAGUGUCAACAAAAACACAAUACACUUUUGCAUUUUUCAACGAGGCCACAAGUAGAGAACAAGUCAGCAGAUUUGUCGGUUCAACAGCCGCCAACAGUAGCAUCGGCGAAUAGAUCCCAAUCAUACGUACUUCUUGCAACCGCACGUGUUGCGAUCAAGGCAAAUAAUGGAAGAAGCUAUGAGUUUAAGGCGAUUCUGGAUUCCGGUUCACAAAUUAAUCUGGUGUCAGAGCGACUAGUGCAGAGGUUGGGUAUCGAACCCAUUCAAACAUCUCUCUGUAUCGAAGGUGUUGGAGGUAGAUCAAGAACCGCAAACCACAGGGUCAACGUGGAGCUUAAGUCACUCACCAGCAAAUUCAGAACACGCCUAGAAGCCUUUGUGUUACCAAAUAUAGUGCCACCCCAACCAAGCACUGAGAUCGACAUCACAUCAUGGCCUAUUCCAGAAAACAUAAAACUAGCAGAUCCCUAUUUUUAUCAAACGACCAGGAUUGACGUACUACUUGGAGCAGAGUUCUACUUCAACCUGAUUCUCUCACAAGAACUUCGAAUGUCCAAAGAGCUUCCUAUAUUGAAGAACUCAAAACUAGGAUGGAUUGCUAGUGGAAGAGUUCAGGCUGAAUCAGAAACUGUGACAUGCGCCGUUUUCGGAGAAGAUGAACAUGCUUUAGAAGAUUUAUUAAAGAUGUUCUGGGAACAAGACGAUGUUUGUGAAGACCAGAAGUUGACAAUAGCAGAGGAACAGUGUGAAAAUCACUUCAACCAAAAUACAACAGUGAAUGAGAAUGGUCGGUUUGUGGUGCGAUUACCGUUUGCAGACGGCCCUGAGAAAAUUUCUGAAUCCUUGAAUAUUGCAGCAUCAAGAUUCUUUGCGUUGGAACGUCGCUUAUCUAAGGAUGCAAGUCUUCACGAGCAGUAUGCUAAAUUUAUGAAGGAGUAUGAGGAUCUGGGACAUAUGACGAAAAUACAAUCAAGAGAGGUGCGUGGUAAUCAUUACUAUAUCCCGCAUCAUUGUGUCCUACGCCCAAAUAGCAGCACAACAAAACUGAGGGUUGUGUUCGAUGCGUCUUGCAAGUCAUCAUCUGGAUGGUCACUCAAUGAUAUUUUGCAUUCAGGUCCCAGGGUUCAAGGAGAUCUGUUUGGAAUGCUGUUGCGGUUUAGACUGCCGAGAUUUGUGUUUACAACAGACAUUGAAAAGAUGUACAGACAAGUGCUAGUCGACAAAAGAGAUCGCAAAUAUCAACUAAUCGUAUGGAGAAACACUCCAGACAAGGAACUCGAACAUUACAUGUUGAAUACGUUAACAUAUGGUACGACGUGUGCCCCAUAUCUUGCUACAAGAUGUCUGAAAAGGCUAGCAGAUACGAACAUACAAAGAUAUCCAUUGGGGGCGAUGGUAUUGCAAAAGAAUUUUUACGUUGACGAUUGCAUGUGCGGGUCUGACAGUUUAACAACGGCAAUUGAGAUGCAGAAACAAGUUAAUAUGUUACUACUGGAAGCUGGAUUUAGACUACGAAAAUGGUGUGCUAACCACUUAAAACUGCUGCAUGGAAUUCCUCCAGAAGAUAGAGAAGUAGAUCUCAAUUUUGACAAAUCAUCAACCAAGGUUUUGGGAUUAACAUGGAUUCCUCAAGCAGACCGAUUUUGUUUGAAGAGUGAUGUGAACGAAUGCACCAAGGUCACCAAGCGGAAGGUCACAUCUGAUUUGGCAAGAUUGUUUGACCCCUUAGGAAUUGCGGGUCCUGUGGUGUCAGCAGCUAAGAUCUUUAUUCAGCAACUGUGGAAGAAUAAACUUGGCUGGGACGAGGAACUGCCAGCAGAAAGGGCAGCAUAUUGGCUAUCGUUCCGAGAAGGUCUGAAGAUGUUAAAUGAUUUCAGGUUACCCAGACACAUGUUUGAUGGAGAGAAACCAACAAAAAUUGAGAUACAUACUUUCGUGGACGCGUCAGAAAAGGCAUAUGGUGCUGUGGUGUAUCUUCGAGCUAUGCUGCCAGACGGCAGGCAUAUAGUCAGACUUCUUUGUUCAAAAUCAAAAAUAGCACCAAUAAAGGAGAUCACGCUGCCACGGUUAGAGCUUUGUGCCGCUGAAUUGGGAACAAAACUUACUGCUAAGGUCAAAGCCGAAUUGGGUUACGAAGAUCUAAGGACUAUUUAUUGGUCAGACUCAGAGAUUACAUUGUACUGGAUCAAUUCAGAACCAUCAGCUCUAAAGACGUUCGUUGCCAACAAAGUAAAAAAUAUACAAGCAACAUUUGUUGGAUCUUCUAAAAAAUCAGACAUCUAUUAUUGAUUCAACAAUCAACAUAAUUAGAAAGGACGAAGAUACGAGCCAAAGGAACUUCGGCAACAUGCAAGUGGAGAUGAACCUUUUGGCAAAUAAGGUGAAGAAAGAAGAAGAUGUUGUAAAGACAACACAAUCAAUUAUGUUUCUCACUUCACAGCUCAUGCUACUUUCAUCAAGGUUGAAACAUAUAGAAGAUAACUUAAUCGACGUUUUAACGGAUGCUCAUCAUGGUCGGAUAAGUCCGUUGCUACUUGCGCCACAUCAAUUGCUACAAGAGCUCCAAACCAUCAAGGCUCACAUUCCUCCAUCUCGUGCUCUACCCGUUCGCGAAGAUAAUGUUUCGGAUUUCUUCAAAUUAAUGAAGAGUAAGGGAAGGGUUAUUAAGAACCAUAUCAUAUUCGAGAUUCGCCUUCCAUUAGUGGAUCUCCAGCAGUAUGAUUUAUUCAAAAUGAUCCCCGUACCUAUGCUACGAUCCGGUCGAUUUAUUUCAAUAGCUUUGAAAUCAACAUUAUUGGCAGCUAACGUCCAUCGGGAUGAGUUCAUAUCGCUAACCGCAGAAGAAAUGAACAGCUGCAUACAUACCACAAAUGACGUUUUUAUUUGCGACAACCAAGCGAAAUUUAGCAAAGGCGAUCGAUCACAUUUAUGCGAGGUGAUUUUCUUAUUGAACAAAUCGUCAGAAGCGUGCGACUUGCAAUCGACCAUGCACCACCAAACUUGGAGACAAAUGGAACAAAAGAAUAAAUGGAUGUUUACUCUAGCCAAUUUAACAGAAUUGUCCUUUGUUUGUGGUACAAAAAUGACACACCUGGAGGUGCAAGGAGCUGGAACUUUAGAAAUUGGGCCAGGCUGCAUUUUCAAAGACAACACAUUUACAAUAUACGGUCACUACGAAAACAAAACAACAGUGCACACAUCAUAUCUGAGACUUAAGCCACUGGAUUCCAUAAUCUCAAGCAGUAAGCUUGUCUUGCUCAACAAAACAUUAAACAGCACCUAUGAAACACAUGCUGCUGAACUCGUCACCUUACACCAACAGCUAAAAACUAUUGAAAUCGGACGCCUUCCACAAUUAAUGAAAUCGACGGCCAUUCACCAUCAUACCAUCAGCUAUCUAGCUCUUUGCAUUGGAAUUGGAGUAGCCAUAUACGUCAUUGUCAAGUUUCGCCACCACAGAACUUCCAACAAUAACAUGAACCCAACACCUACCCCUCGGCAGUCAGUCUCAUCAUCAUACGUCAUUGACCAGACAGUUUCUUGAACGUUCCUCGUUCAACGUGGGGGAGAAUGUUCAAAAGAACAUAUUUUACUAACACAUUUUUUAAUUUUGUUUUUAUUAUUAUUUUAUUCUAUGUCAGCAUAUAACUGACCUAUAUAAUUAUUGUUUGCCUUAUGCAGGCCAAUAGCCUAAAUAAAGAAACACCUCGAUUGGUUUCACAUUGCAUGGGUUAUUGGCUGAAGUAAUUUAUUGCUUAGUCAACUUUAAAUGCUAGUUUUAAUGAAUUCAAAAAUGUAUAAAUAGAAAGCAAAAAUAAAUAUUCUUGGUAGAUUACAAGAAAUUGUAAACAUACCAAGGUUACACAAUUCAA